AAUGAUGUUCAAGCUAAGCAGCCGACUGCAAUCUCUGAAGGGGCUGCCAUUUGGCUGGCAGGGAUUACGCCACGCCUCCACGGAGGGAGAGCGCACAGCUCUCUAUGAUUUCCAUGUGCGAAAAGGAGGCAAGAUUGUCAACUUUGGAGGCUAUGCCUUGCCCGUGCAGUAUACAGAUCAGAGUAUCAUAGCCUCCCAUCUAUAUACGAGAAGUGUCGGCUCAAUUUUCGAUGUGUCGCACAUGUUGCAGACCUUUGUGAGGGGCAAGGAUGCGGCUGCUUGUCUGGAAUCCAUCUGCACCGCUGACAUUCUGGACAUGCCCGAGGGUAGCGGAAGUUUGACUGUGUUUACCAAUGAGCAGGGUGGCAUUUUGGAUGAUCUGAUUGUGAAUAAGGUCAAUGAGAAGGAGCUCUAUGUGGUCUCCAAUGCGGCAAUGAAGCAACAGGACAUGAAUAUCAUGAAAUCAGCUGUCUCACACUUCAAAUCCCAAGGCAGAGAUGUGUCUAUUGAGUUUCUCACACCCUCGGAACAGUCACUGAUUGCAGUUCAAGGUCCACAGGUGGCCAAGGAACUGGGAAAGUUAUUGGCAAAGCCAAAAGUCUUCGAUCAGCUUUACUUUAUGCGUUCUGCGAUUUUCGAGCUGGCGGGAAUUAGCAAUGUGCGCAUCACUCGCUGUGGCUACACAGGUGAGGAUGGUGUGGAGAUUUCCGUGCCGUCCACUCAGGUGGAGUCCCUGACAGAAGCUUUACUCGCUGGUGGUCAGCUAAAACUCGCUGGCCUCGGAGCAAGAGACUCACUUCGCCUGGAGGCUGGUCUCUGUCUCUAUGGCAGCGACAUCGAUGCACAGACAACGCCUGUGGAGGCAGCACUUUCCUGGUUGGUUGCCAAGCGACGUCGCAGCAGCGCCGACUUCCCUGGAGCUCAACAUAUUCUCAAGCAGCUGAAGGAAGGCGUCCAGCGACGUCGCAUUGGACUGCAAAUGCUGGGUGUCAAGCCACCACCAGCACGGGCCGGAGUUGCCAUCUACAGUGAGGGACAACAGGUGGGUCAGUUGACCAGUGGUUGUCCCAGUCCCAGCACGGGACGCAACAUAGCCAUGGGUUAUGUGCAGGAGCAUCUCAAGAAACCCGGCACACAAGUCCAGCUCAAAGUUCGCGAGAAAUUCUAUGAAGCAGAGAUUACACGAAUGCCCUUCGUGAAGGCCAACUACUUCAAUAAACCCAAGCAAUAAAAUCAAGGACAAAAGUAAUUGAAA